AUGUCUUCAGCCACCAAGGAGUGCGACUACCUCGUGCUAGGUAUCGGCAGCGGCGGUAUUGCCUCUGGUCGACGAGCAGCCAAGCACGGCGCCAAAGUCAUCGCGGUCGAAUCGAGUCGCGGGGCACCAGAGUUCGACUGGCCAUACUUCAAGAAGAAGAGGGACGCUUAUGUGAAGCGCCUCAAUGGCAUCUACGAGAACAAUCUCAACAAAGACGAGAUUGAGCAUUUCCGCGGAAGGGCCAAGUUUGUCGGAAAGGACGAGGUCGAGGUUGACCUGCAUGAUGGCGGCGUUCAGCGCAUCAAGGCGAAGCAUAUCCUGAUCGCAACCGGCGGGCGACCGAAGCUACCAGAAAUUCCUGGAAAAGAGCUUUGUAUUAGCAGUGAUGGCUUCUUCGACCUCGAGAAGUUGCCCAAGAGCAUUGCAACCAGCGGUGCCGGAUACAUUGGUGUCGAGAUGACCGGUAUGCUCCACGCGCUGGGCUCAAAGACUCACUUCUUCAUCCGCGGUGACAAGCUUCUCCGCACCUUCGACCCCAUGAUCCAGGACGCUGUGACCAAGGAAUACGAGCGUCAAGGCAUCAACCUCUACAAGGGCUCUCAGAUCACCAAGGUCGAAGACAUCGGCAACGGCUUGAAGCGCGAGUCUACUGUCGAAGUUGAGGAGGGUCCCUAUUCGCGACUGGUCGCGUGCCUGAAAUUGAAGACCUCAAAGAUCAAGGACUUUGGCAUCAAGCUCAACGACAAAAACCACAUCGUCACGGACGACUACCAGAACACUUCGCUGCCCAACAUUUACGCGAUUGGUGAUGUCUGUGACCGCGGUUUCGAGCUCACCCCCGUCGCCAUUGCUGCUGGCCGUCGCCUUUCUGACCGCCUCUUUGGCAACCAGCCCGACGCUCGUCUCGUAUACGAAAAUAUCCCCUCGGUCGUAUUCUCGCAUCCUGAAAUCGGCUCCAUUGGUCUCACCGAGCCUGAAGCGCGCGAAAAGCACGGCGACCAAGUCAAAGUGUACAAGACGGAAUUCAGCGGCAUGUACUUUGCCAUGAUGGACCCCGAGCACAAGCAGCCGACGGCAUACAAAAUCGUCUGCAUCGGCAAGGAAGAGAAGGUCGUCGGCCUGCACAUCCUGGGCCAGGCAAGCAGCGAGAUCCUCCAGGGAUUCGGCGUCGCGAUCAAAAUGGGCGCAACAAAGAAAGACUUCGACAACUGUGUGGUACGUACCCUAAAUCCCCUACACUUUUUGCUACCACACCUCCGCGCGCGCGCAUGCAAUGCCGGCAGCGGAGGAGUAUUGUUUGUUGGGUUGCGGGGAACCAUCAGCGCUAACAUUCCCUUUCUCGUAGGCUAUCCACCGCGUGUCUCCGCCGAAGAAUUGGUACGUGUAUUUUUAACCCCCCCGACAAGAGCACUAACUGCUCCGUAUCACACCUGCUAA